UGAGAGAGAGAGAGAGAGUAUUGCCUUGUUAAUGUCCUCUUUGUGUUUGUGAAAUGAAUCAAUCAGAAAAUAUAGCUGGGGAACAGAGAGCAGGAGUUGAGAUUACCAAGGACAAGAAUGGAAUUGAACAGGUUGUGCUCCGAAGCCCUCGAGGGGCUUCAGCAAGGGUUAGCUUGCAUGGAGGGCAGGUUCUUUCAUGGAAGACAGACCGAGGGGAAGAGUUAUUGUUCACUAGUAGUAAGGCGAUUUUCAAGCCACCAGCUGCUGUGAGAGGAGGGAUUCCCAUUUGCUUUCCUCAGUUUGGAAACCGCGGGGCACUAGAGCAACAUGGAUUUGCCAGAAAUAAGAUAUGGGUUAUCGACAGUAACCCCCCAUCUCUCCAUCCAAAUGAUUCUGAUGGCAAAAGCUAUAUCGAUUUGUUACUCAAACCAUCUCAAGAAGACUUAAAGGUCUGGCCUCACAGUUUUGAAUUCCGUCUUAGGGUGGCACUUGCAGCUGAUGGGUAUCUCACCUUGAUUUCUCGUAUAAGGAAUAUCAACUGCAAGCCCUUUAGUUUCUCAUUCGCGUAUCAUACCUAUUUCUCCGUCUCUGACAUCAGUGAAGUGAGGGUAGAGGGGUUGGAGACUCGAGACUACCUCGACAACCUAUACCAGAGAGAGCGAUUUACAGAACAAGGGGAUGCCUUAACAUUUGAAUCCGAGGUGGAUCGAGUUUAUCUUAAUUCGACAGAUAUAGUUGCCGUUUUCGAUCAUGAGAUAAAACGGACUGUUGUCAUACGGAAAGAAGGGCUUCCAGAUGCUGUGGUGUGGAAUCCAUGGGAGAAGAAAUCAAAGUUACUGCUAGAUUUCGGGGAUGAAGAGUACAAACAUAUGCUUUGUGUCGACGGGGCUGCAAUAGAGAAACCCAUUACUUUGAGGCCAGGUGAGGAAUGGACCGGCCGCUUGGAGCUCUCAGUCGUGCCUUCAACUUAAACAAAGAACUAAUUAUAUUCUGUAAGUGUAAUUCUGGAAGCAGGGAUAGUUGUAUGUUUCCCGGGAUAGGUACAACUUCAAUAGUGUACAUAGUAACAUAGAUAACGCUGAAUUACGUAUAUUCAAAGAAAAAUUAGUGUAGUAAACUAUGUUUUUUUCUGGCUUGUAAUAAGGCUUUUAACAGUGGCUUUUAUUGAUCUAGUGAUCUGAUCUGUAACAGUCUCAAACCUCCCCCUUUGAAUGUUUUGCAUUCCUUCUCCA